AUGUCUAUCUUCCAUGAUUUUGAAGAAAAACUCGCAGACAGAUUCGCCGCGUACUUUUUAUUAGUUAUUUCAUUUGUUUUUGCUUUUUUAUUUCUCUUUUUCUUCUUCUUUAACUUUCCCACCAAACAUAUUCGUUUCUAUUUUCAUUCAAUCCUUUUUCUUUUCUUUUUUCUUCUUUCUUUUGACUCUCUCCUCUUCUCCAUUAUUUUCGUUUCUUCUCGUCCUUUUUUCAUUUUUCCUUUCUCGGUCCGAUUGUUUUCUUAUGUUCUCGUUCUGUUUUUCUUUUUCUUCUCGUUCUAUUUUUUCUUUUUCUCUUUCUUCUUCUUCUCUUUCUUCUUUUUCUCUUUCUUCUUCUUCUCUUUCUUCUUCUUCUCUUUCUUCUUCUUCUCUUUCUUCUCGCUCAUCUUUUUAUUUUGCUAUUCGCCUGUUUUGCUUCUUUUUUUCUUUCUUUUCAUAUUUUUCUUUCGAUUCUUUUUACUUUUUCUUCAUUUUUCUUCAUCUUCUUUUGCUCUUGUCCCUAGAUUCUAUUCUGUAUUUCCAGCAAAUACUUUCUUUUUUUUUCUAAACCUACGCAUUUUAUUCUAUUCUGUUCGUUUCUUAUAUGAUUUUUUUUCUUUCUUUCUUGCUUUUUCCUUCCUUUUUCCUUUCUUUCUUUCUUUCUUCUUUCUUACUUUCUUUCUUUCGCUCUUUUUCAUUUUUAUUUUUCUUUCUUUUUCUUUUUCUUUCUUUCUUUUUUCUUUCUUUCUUUGUUUUUCUUUCUUACCUUAUUUCUUUUUCUUUCUUACCUUAUUUCUUUCUUCUUUCUUCUUUCUUUCUUCCUUUCUUUCUCUCUUUUUAUUUCUUUUUUAUAUUACUUUCUUUUUAAUUUUCUUCCUUUUUAACCACUGUCUGACUUGUACACCGUUUGUUUUGGUUUUUUUACUUUCUUUCUUCCUCUCUUCGACUUCUCUCCUAACUGCCACCCGCCAUUCCUCAACUUCUUUUCUUCAUUUCAUCAUUAUUGCUUUUCUCACCGACCUCCAUAAUUCACUCCUUAUUCUCAUUUCACUUGUUCCUUCUUUCUUUUUUUUUUCCUCAUCCACCUUUCAUUUUUGUUUUUCUUUCCAUUUUUUUUUCUUCACUAACCUCACUAUCUUCCUUUCUUUUUCUUUCGUCAUUUCUACAACCCCCCCUCAUAUAUUUGUUUGUCUUUCUUUCUUUGUCUUUUCCUAUACCUUUCUUUCUUUGUCAAUAAGCUUUCCUUUCUUGUUUUCAUCAAACUUUAUUCAUCUAAUUGUCUAUCUUUUUCUUUCUUUCUUCCUUUCUCUCUUUUAUUUCUUUCUUCUUUCUUUCUUUCUUUUUUAUUCUUUUUCUUCUUUCUUGCUUUCUUUCUUUUUCUUUCUUACCUUAUUUCUUUUUUCUUUCUUUUUCUUUCUUACCUUAUUUCUUUUUUCUUUCUUUCUUCGUUUUUCUUUCUUUCUUUUUCUUUCUUACCUUAUUUCAUUUUUUUCUUUCUUUCUUUCUUCCUUUUUCUUUCUGUCUUCUUUCUUCCUUUCUCUUUUUUAUUUCUUUUUCCUUUUUCUUUCUUUUCCUUUUUACUUCUGUCUUAUUCUUUCUUUCUUUAUUUAUUUCUUUUUUCUUUCUUUCUUUGUUUUUCUUUGCUUUUCUUUCUUACCUUAUUUCUUUUUUCUUACUUACUUCCUUUUUUCUUUCUUUUUUCCUUUCUUUCUUUCUUUUUCUUUCUUUUUUCUUUCUUUUUUUCUUUCUUUCUUUUUUCUUUCUUUCUUUGUUUUUCUUUCUUCUUUCUUUUUUUCUUCCUUUCUUUCUUUUUUCUUUUCUCUCUUUUUAUUUCUUUUUACUUUCUUACUUACUUUUUCUUUCUUUCGUUUUCUUUCUUUCUUCCGAUUCCCCCUUCCUUCCAUCAUUUGCCAUAAUUAUAUGCCAUUUUCCCUUAUCUGA